UGCCAUUUGAUUCUCAACCGAUUGAGACGCGUUCGCUCCCCAGGAGAAACACGGCGGCGCGACGUGCAAAUUGGAAAGCUGCCUUAUAGACCCCAACAUCUACCCGCACGCACACAAUAUUUAUUGUUCGCUUAAUUAAUUUAUAUUAAUUUGUAUGCAAUCAAAUAAUUCAACAGACAAAAGUGUAUCGUGAACGAAACAAUAUUCACUCUCAUAGAAGGAACCACGUUUGAAGUUUGUGGUGUUUCGCAAAUUGUUUUAGAUCGCUGAAAUCAAGAGUUUGCCAUAGUUCCCGUUGAUAAAGAAUGUCCCACUAGCGAGGAGGAGCCACUGCAGCAAUGGUUAAUCUACCGGCCAUACGAGCCGGACGUCCCAUUACGCCCAGUCCACAGUUGUCCCAGCGCCAAGGCUCGCACGCCCAUUCGAAUGAGAUUGAAAGUGAAUCUGGGAAGAGAAUGAGAGCAGUAACACCUCCAGCACCCACAGCAGCACCACCAGUCAGCGAUGUCAUUGGUGAUGUGGUGGGGGAUUUUGGCAUCUGGCAGCUGAGAACGAUCCUCAUCAUAUUUCUGUGCAAGAUUCCUGCCGCCUGGUUCAUGGCCUGCAUCAUAUUCACCGGUCCCGAGCUGUAUCCCGGCUCUGAGUUCACCUGUGACACCAGCUACCUGGAGGGCAACUACAGCAUCUCGGAUAAUCAGUGCUACGUGAUGGAUGAGGGCACGGGCAGUAAGACGGAAUGCGAGCAGUUCUCCUACGCGUCCAGCUUUGAUUCCCUGAUCAUGCAGUUCAAUCUGGUUUGCCUGCGAGACAUUUUUGUGGCAUGGACACAGUACUGGCAUCUGUUUGGUGUGCUCGUGGGCGGUGUCCUAGGCACAAAGAUGAUGCUGGGCAUUAGUCCAAGGAGCACUUACUGCGUGGGCGCUGUGGCACAGAUUGUGUGCGGCGUCGUUACGGGGUAUGCCCGAGACUUCACUCUGCACUGCGCCUUUCGAUGUCUUUCGGCUGUCUGCUGUGCCAUUAUGUUCACCGCUGGACAGGCUAUAUUUGCGGAUAUCACUGCUGGAAUGCAUCGCAUUGGUGCCAUCAUCUUGUACGACACCUUCUGGUCCGUGGGUGUGAUCCUGUUGCCUGGCCUCUCAUCAUUCUUCAACAGCUGGUCCCUGAUCUAUGUGGGCAUUACCUUCCCCACCAUCAUGCUGAUUGUUCUGCUCUACUGGACUCCUGAUUCACCCCGCUGGCUGCUAAAACAUGCCGUAGAUCGUUUCUCCAUCGACAAUGUGGAGCAGAUUGUCCGAGAGGGUGCCGCCAUCAACGAUCGCACCUUCAAAAUCCCACCCGACUUUCGGCAGCAGUUGGACCAACUCAGCGAGCGACUCAAGACCCAACCGCCUUCAGCUCCCUGGAAGGAGUUGUGGGUGGGAAAGCGGGCCAAGACCCACAUGAUUGCCGCUCAUCUGGCGUUGGCCUUCUUUGUGAUUAACUUUAUGGGCAUGCUGCUGAAUAUACGAUCCUUUGGCAGGGAUUAUCUCGUGCCGAAUACCAUUGCAAUGGGAUUCUCUGAGAUCAUUGGCUGCUUCUUGGCCCUUCAUUUCACGCUCAAGCACAACAAAUGGAAGUGGCAGUGUGCUGGAGUGUUCAAUAUACUUGCCGGCAUCCUAGGCUGUCUUGGCUGGAUCUUUACCAAUGCAGAUCAGAUGGAUGCUGAUCUCAAAGUCAGUUUAUGGAUGAUCAUUGCCACCAUUCCGAAGGCGGCUGUCUCCUGUGCCCAGUCCAUGAUCCUUGCCUGCAUGAAUGAACUGAUGCCGACCAAUAAGAAACAACUCUUUGUGUUCUCCGUCGUCACCUGGGCACGCGUGUGGCUCCUCUCGGCUCCAUUCUUCAAUGUACUCAAGAAAAUCGAUACGGCUAUGUCGCUCACCUCGUACUGUGUGUUUAGCAUUCUGGGUGGGAUCUGCACCAGUCUGCUACUCACGCCCAGGACAAGCGUGGCUCCAGUUGUGCCGCCACAGGCCUUGGAGCAGUGCGACAAGAAGGAACAGUCGCCCCUGAAUGCACCCUUGUGGACCAUCGAGUCGGAUGUGAACAAUACACGAUUGUAGCAUGGAAUUGGAGAUGAAAAAACUAUGUGUCGUAUUACUCAGUUAAUGAAACAAACAUUCUUCUGUGAUUAGGUUAAGUGAAUUGUUACUCUAGAUAUUUUUGAGUAAUUACAAACAUAAAACUCUUAAA